CAAGAAAUGUACCUGCGAAUGCUGCGAUUUCAACCCAUUCUCAAACCCAAACCCACGCCCAUUUUCUUCUCCUCUCCAAGAACUUCGAACCACAAUCCCUUUCCUCAUCUUUUCUCUCUUCAAAAACACCAUCUUUCAUCUUCCUCCUCUUCCUCUCAAUGGUUCUCUCUUCUCCGCCAAGCAAUCUCCACCGCCGACUUGGCUCUUGGCAAGUCUAUUCACGCGCGCAUAUUGAAUUCUUUCCAGGACCCAGAUCGUUUUUUAACCAACAAUCUCAUUACAAUGUACGCCAAAUGCGGUUCACUUUUAUAUGCGCGCCGCAUGUUUGAUAUUAUGCCCGCCCGAGACCUCGUCAGCUGGAAUUCACUUCUGGCUGCAUAUGCUCAGUCCGGAGACCAUGACAUUGAGAACUUGAAAGAGGGUUUUCGUCUUUUUCGUGCUUUACGUGAGUCUAUUGUGCUGACUAGUCGGUUGACUCUGGCUCCUGUGUUGAAAUUAAGUUUGAUUUCCGGUUAUGUUUGGGCUUCUGAGGCGGUUCAUGGGUAUGCAGUGAAGAUUGGCUUGGAAUGGGAUGUGUUUAUUUCGGGGGCUCUUGUGAAUAUUUACUCGAAGUUUGGUAGAAUUAGGGAGGCCAGGCUUUUGUUUGAGGGCAUGCCAGAAAGAGAUGUUGUUUUAUGGAAUGUAAUGUUGAAAGCCUAUGUAGAAAUGGGUUUUGAAGAAGAAGUUUUUUGUCUCUUCUCAGAUUUUCUUAAGAGUGGGCUGCGUCCCGAUGAUGUGAGUGUUAAGUCUGUGCUGAGUGGGAUUUCUGAUAUUAGUUCUGAUACAGGCAGGAGAUACAAGGAGCAGGUUCAAGCUUAUGCAGUAAAGUUGUUUCUGUAUGAUGAUGAUUCAAAUGUGGUUUUGUGGAAUAAGACAUUGUCCGAACAUCUUCAAGUUGGUAAUAAUUGUGGUGCUGUUGAGUGCUUUGUGAAUAUGAUUAGAUCAAAUGUAGAGUAUGAUAGUGUUACAUUUGUAGUUGCUUUAGCAGCAGUUACAGGCAGUAAUAAUUUUGAUUUGGCGCAACAAAUCCAUAGUAUGGUUUUGAAAUCAGGUUUUAGUUCAUCAGUUUCAGUUGGAAAUAGUCUUGUCAACAUGUAUUCAAAAAUGGGCUACCUCUGGUUUUCUCAAAAAGUGUUCUCUGAUAUGAAUGAAUUGGAUUUAAUUUCGUGGAACUCAAUGAUAUCAAGCUAUGCUCAGAGAGGCUUGGAAAAGGAAUCAAUUAAUCUCUUUAAAGAUCUAUUGCAUAAUGGCUUGAUACCAGAUCAUUUCACUUUGGCAAGUGUUCUGAGGGCAUGUUCCUCACUGACAGAAGGCUUUUAUCUCAGUGAACAAAUUCAUGUCCAUGUGAUAAAAACUGGUAAUGUCACUGACACUUUUGUGUCAACUGCUCUUAUUGACGUUUAUUCAAGGAGUGGAAAAAUGAUGGAGGCAGAAGAAGUAUUUGAAAGAAAAGAUGAAUUUGAUUUGGCAACUUGGAAUGCAAUGAUGUUUGGGUAUAUAUUGAGUAAUGAUAGUCACAAAGCACUGAAACUCUUUUCUCUGAUGCAUGGAAGUGGGGAGAGAUCAGAUCAGAUAACAUUAGCAACUGCAGUGAAAGCUUGUGGCUGCUUGUUGGGGUUAAGACAAGGGAAGCAAAUUCAUGCUUAUGUGACAAAGUCUGGGUUUGACUCAGAUUUAUGUGUUAGCAGUGGUAUUCUAGAUAUGUCUGUCAAAUGUGGAGACAUGGUUGAUGCCCACUUAGUGUUCAAUGAUAUCCCUGCACCCGAUGAUGUCGCCUGGACAACUAUGAUAUUUGGUUGUGUUGAAAAUGGAGACGAAGAGCGUGCUCUUUCUAUAUACCAUCAGAUGAGGCUGUCUGGGGUCCUACCCGAUGAAUAUACAUUUGCUACCCUUGUCAAAGCCAGCUCUUGUCUGACAGCAAUAGAACAAGGGAGACAAAUUCAUGCAAAUGUGAUCAAGUUGGAUUGUGCUUUCGAUAUUUUUGUUGGUGCAACUUACUCUCGACCUUCAUAUUGA